AUAAAAGAGAACUUCCAACUUCAAAGAAUUAUAUAACUCAGACACCUAAAAUGGUGAAGGAAAUGAUCCCAGAUGUAGUCUUGAGCUCUGGACAUAGAAUGCCAUCCACAGGAUUGGGAACAGCAAGCAGCCCUAUGCCUCCAAAUCUCACUUCUAUUCUCCUCCAUGCCAUUGAUCUCGGUUACCGGCACUUCGACACUGCUUCUCUCUACGGUACCGAAGAGUUCGUCGGCCAAGCCAUAGCCCAAGCACUCGAGCAAGGCCUCAUCAAGAGCCGUGGUGAUGUGUUCAUUACUUCAAAGCUAUGGUGCUCUGAUGCAGACCCUGAUCUUGUCCUCCCAGCUCUUAAGAAAACACUCCAGAAGCUUGGGUUAGAUUAUGUGGAUCUCUAUCUGGUGCACUGGCCUGUGAGGUUGAAACAAGGAAGUGGCCAUAUUUUUCCUAAGGAGGACAUUCUUCCCUUUGAUAUGAGAGGGACAUGGGAAGCCAUGGAAGAGUGUUGUAAGCUGGGUCUAGCAAGGUCCAUUGGUGUCAGCAACUUCUCCAACAAGAAGCUUUCCAAACUUCUAACCUAUGCUACCAUCCCUCCAGCCGUGAAUCAGGUGGAAAUGAAUCCUACAUGGCAGCAGAAGAAGUUGAGGGAGUUCUGCAAUGAAAAAGGGAUCCAUGUCAGUGCCUGGUCCCCUCUGGCCUCAUAUGGAGCUCAGUGGGGUCUAUCUGUGGUAAUGGAGAAUCCAAUCCUCAAAAAAAUUGCCAUGGCUAAGGGUAAAACCAUUGCACAGAUCUCACUUAGGUGGGUAUAUCAGCAAGGAGCAAGUCCAAUUGUGAAGAGCUUCAACAUGGAGAGGAUGAAAGAAAACCUUCAAAUCUUUGAUUGGGAACUUACCCAAGAAGAACUGGAUGAGAUAAGCCCGAUUCCACAGAAAAAGGGAUUUGCAGGAGAGACAUUUGUUUCGCCAAACGGGCCUUACAAGUCGUUGGAGGAACUUUGGGAUGAGGAGGUCUAACCCCUCGAUGGGAUUUUAUCUAUCUUAAGAUCUGAAAGCCAUUUGUGGUUCUGUUUCUAUGUUUGUUCUUGAGAGACAAUUAGAUAAUUAGGAUGGCUGAUGAGCUUACUUGGUUUGCUUUGUCUCAUAAAUGUAGUCUGGAGUGUGGUCUAGUUAUGUGUCUCUUCCAUUGUCUCUAAGCAUUGCUUUAAUGGAUUUGUAAUGACUGCGAUGUGAAGUAGUUAAGACUAGGGAACAAUGAUGUCUUUCUUUUC